AUGCGCCCCUGGCCGCCCGCUACCCCCGCCGCGUCGUCCACGCCGCGCCAGGCGAAGCGCCCGCGCCCCAGCGGGCCCUCGUCCGCCGCCUCCUCCACCACCAGCGCCAUCGCCGCCUCCGCCUCCGUCUCCGCCGGCGCAGGCGCAGGCCCCGGGGCGCGCGACAGCCCUGCCGUCAAGCGGCGCCGCGAUGCCGCCCCCGCCGCCAGCGCCGCCCACGGCCCGCCGCUCGCCGUGGAGCCCCAGGAGCCCGGCGUGUCCUUCGCCGACGUCGGCGGCGUCGACGACCUCCUGGAGGAAGUGGGCAGACUACUGGCUCACCUUCGACGCCCAGAGAUUUUCCGGACUUUGGGUGUUCCACCACCCCGCGGCGUGUUGCUGCAUGGGCCACCAGGCUGUGGCAAGUCUCUUCUGGCUCGUGCGGUGGCUGGAGAACUGCGCCUGCCUCUGCUGCGGGUUGCGGGCCCUGAGCUGGUGGCUGGAGUUUCAGGGGAGAGUGAGGCCCGUGUGCGUGACCUCUUUGAGCAAGCAGCCCGUUCUGCUCCCUGUGUUCUCUUUUUGGAUGAAGUGGACGCACUGGCCCCUCCUCGGGCUGGUGCCCAACGGGAGAUGGAGCGUCGUAUUGUCGCACAGCUCCUCUCGUGCUUGGAUGAACUGGGCCGAUCAGGUCCAGAUUCUACUGUGCCUCUGGGUGCUGGUGAGGUGCUGGUGUUGGGUGCAACCAGUCGGCCUGAAGCUCUUGAUCCUGCUUUGCGUCGAGCUGGGCGUUUUGAUCGUGAAAUUCGGCUCGGCAUACCAGACGCUCGUGCCCGAGAAGCUAUCCUGGGAAUCCUGUGUCGUUCAAUGCGUCUUGCACCAGAUGUCGACCUACAUGCCCUUGCAAAGUGCACCCCUGGCUUUGUGGGUGCAGAUCUUCAGGCUUUGACUCGGGAAGCAGCAUUAGCUGCAGUUUCUAGGGUUUUAGAUGAUACUCAGCGAGGAGGAGCUGAAGCAACAAAAGACAAUGAGAAGACUGCAGCUGCGGAGGAGCGAAAUGAUGAAAGCGAGGCAAAAAUCAAAGACGAGACAAAAGCUUCAACAUCCGAAGAAAAGGAAGUCAGUAAAGAAGAGAAGGAAGAGACUAAAAUGGAUGUGGACAAGGAAGCUGAUCAGGAAGCCAAAAAAGAUACUGAAACAGAAAAGGAGGCUAAAAAGGAAGUUAUUGAAAAUAAAACAAAUGAGAGCAUGGAAGUCAUUGACAUUUCAGAUAGAGAUACACCCAAUGAGUCAGGUUCAAGUAAGACCCCUGCAGCAAAGGCUGAUUCCUCUGUAACGAAGUUGGUGGGAAUUGAUGAGGAUGAAGUGUGCAUUGAGGCGGAAGUGACAAGCUCCGAUGCAGCUGCAAAAGACAAGACAACAAAAGGAUCAUCGACUCCUGAUGCUGAUGACGAUAUGGAGGUGUUGGAGGAUGAACUAGAUGAGGAGGUAGUCCCCGUCCCAGCAUCUGAAAUUCUUCACACAAAAUCCCUUGCAGCCAAUGUGUGGAAUACACACUUCCCAGCUUUAACUGAUAAUCAGCUUGAGAACAUGUUCAUUACUCAGAAGGACUUUGAAGUUGCUCUAAAGCACGUUCAACCGAGUGCAAAAAGAGAGGGCUUUGCUACAGUGCCAGACAUCUCCUGGGAUGAUGUUGGUGCCCUUAGGGAUGUCAGAGAAGAAUUACAAAUGGCCAUUCUGGCUCCAGUUCGUCAUCCAGAUGCCUUCGAGGCUUUGGGUCUUACUGCUCCUGCUGGCUUGUUACUUUGUGGGCCACCGGGUUGUGGAAAAACUCUUAUUGCCAAAGCUAUUGCCAAUGAGGCAGACAUUAAUUUUAUUUCAGUAAAGGGACCUGAACUUCUUAAUAUGUAUGUUGGUGAGAGUGAGAAGGCUGUUCGACAGUGCUUUCUGCGUGCUCGCAAUUCAGCUCCAUGUGUCAUAUUCUUUGAUGAACUUGACGCCCUCUGCCCUCGACGUACCGGGGGUCCUUCUGGAGAGGGCAGCUCUGCAACUCAACGAGUGGUCAACCAACUGCUGACCGAGAUGGAUGGUGUGGAGGGGCGACGAGGUGUUUUCUUGUUAGCAGCAAGCAAUCGCCCUGACAUACUUGAUCCAGCUGUUCUGCGACCAGGACGUUUGGAUCGAAUAGUAUUUGUGGGGUUGCCUGGCCCUGAUGCUCGGGCUGAGAUUCUCAGAGCUCUAACUAAGAAUGGAACAAGACCACGCUUGGCUGCUGAUGUUGAUUUGCAGACUCUUGGAGAAAGUGCUGAUUUAGAGGGAUGUUCCGGUGCUGAUCUGGCCUCUUUGAUCCGUGAAGCGGCUACGCUUGCUCUUCGAGAGCACUUGGUGUCCGUGCCAUCUCAGCCGUCUUCCAACAGCCCUCGGCCUCCCCCUGCAGUGGCACGAGAGCAUCUUGCUCAAGCAGUGAGGCGACUGCGACCUUCAGAACGCAUCCGUUAUGAGAAGUUACGGAUACAAUUUUCAUCUUCAAAUCCAAUUCAAGUUCAGUCAAAUAAGGAAUCUCCUCCCAGCCCAAGUAGCAGUUCUGCUUCAUCUCAGACCGCAGUUGGUGGGGCUGGCACCAACGCAAAUGAAAUGCAGACUGAACCGCCUAAAGACCUUGCACCAUCCACUCCUGCAGAUCCUUCAGUAUCGGCCUGAGCGCAUUGUGAAUUGUCAUGGUUUUGUUUAACUGCAUCUGCAGCCUUUUGUAUUGUUUCUCUGUGUUCUUAGAUUACAAUGUGCUGUUGGUUAGAAUCACAGGGUUACCUUCUUUCAAGCACAUAUUAAAGUUUUGUGGUAUGUAGGACUUCAUUCCGUUCAAUCACGAUCCCCUAGAGCAUUACAGUAUGUACGGAAGAGGUGAAAGUCACCUACAAUCAUUGUAUUCAUUAAUUUCAGGGACAAUAAUUAUAUUUUCAGUUGAAUAAUUUUACCGUUUCCUUUGGGUUCAUUGUUGGAACUGGUGACUUCACUAUAAAAUAACUCCUUUCAACAAAAGAAAAUUAAACAAAAUUCGUACUAUCCAAUAUUGACUGAAAAGUGGGUUGAAGUAUAAAUUUGAUUAUAUAUUCCUUGAAUAACAAAUUGUAAUCUGGUGAAACGUAUUUAGGAUUGAUUGAAAGUUUUUGAAAGGAGAGGGGGUGGAGAGUAUGAUCGUUAUGGUGGUUGUGUUCUUUAGCAUUUACCAGUGACUUGAUGAAUGCCUUAAGAGUGUUUUGAAAUGCAUUUUUGAAUAUUUGCCAUUAGACCCAUUUUGAAAAUAAAGAAAAAUCAAUCCUAGUACAGUUUGGAGGCAGCAGAACAAUGAAGGUGAGAAAUGAUAGCGAAUAGUAUAAUUAUUCUGUGUUGAUGAGUGUGUACGUGACUCAUCUUGGAGGUUUUAGUACAGUACUUUCAAUUUUUAAGGGAGCUACUGGAUGGUGUGUUAAAGUAAAAGAUUUGCCAUUCUUUGUGAAUUAUCAGAACUGCAGUUAGGCUCUGAUUGUUGAUUUGUUAAUCAUAAGUGAAGAUAAGAAAAUAUUUGUUGUGCUGCUUCAUGUAUAAAUAUUUCUUAAGACUUUUUUAGUUGCAUAUCUAAUUCAUUGUUUUAUCAUACAUUUUCUGUUUCAGCAUAUAUGUUGUAUGAUCUUUGUUAUAUAUUACUACCUUUUGGAGACAUUCUCCAUCAUUUUGAUUACCUCUUUUAGUUUGUCAUAGAAAAAAAUGUGAAAGUUUUAUAAUUGUCAGUUGGAAGAAAAAAAAUGUAGAUGUAUUGAUAAAAGUCAAUAAAAAAAGUUAGUGUUUUCUGUCUCAAUAGA